AUGCAACCAAUAAAAAUAAUAGUCAUAGGACCUGUUAGGAGUGGUAAAACAACGAUAUCGAAUUUUCUUGCGGAUGCUACAGAAAUACCUUAUGAUUAUCAUCCUACUCAAGGUGUUCGAAUAUUAGAGUUUGAAGUGCAAAAUAUAAACGUGAAUACUAAGAGUAUUACACAAGAUAUCGAGUUGUGGGACUGUAGUGGGGACCACAAAUUCGAAAACUGUUGGCCAGCUAUAAGACAAAAUUUACAUGGUAUUAUAAUUGUGUAUAGUGAAAGAUCCAAUCAAUGUCUGAAAGAAAUUCAACAAUUAUACGAUUAUUUUGUUAAUCAAACGAAAUUAGGUCCUGAUAAAUGUGUCAUAUUUUGUUAUGACCCCGAGAAAAAAAAUUUCGAAAUAUCAAAAGUUAUUUCUUCGACAUUCGGGAAAGUGUCGCACGUCAAAUGUAACGUAGAUAGUGGUGGAAAUAAACUUAAAGCUGAUUUUUCUUCAUUCAUAAGUACAAUCGUUACUAAAAUGCACAAUUAUACAGACCAAGAAAUAAAAAAUAUGUCAACUGAGAAUAUAUCAUUUGCAAAAUGA